AUGGACUCAUCAGUGUCGUGUGCUUGUCAGCAAGACUCCAACUCCGUCGCACUGAACGUGCAAGACCUCGUUCUCAAGUUACAGGCCCUUGCCACAAGUCGUCGUGCUCGCCGCAACGCCUUCCCAAGACCCCGAGGCAUCAGUUGCCGUCGCCAUCGCCAAAAGCGCCAGCCUGCGGGACAUCGGAAGCCCACUCGGUACAACGACAAGUACAUUUUAAAGUCUCCAUCAAACACAAACACCGAGCCCACCUUACCUACCAACAAAGGAGGUGAUGCCUCCCAGCCCCACGAUGAUACUCCCAGGUUUUUUGAUAUCAAUGAGAUUCUUGAUGAGGUUCUCGAUGGGAUUCCCUCUGUUAAGGUGGAUGAAAUCGACCUAACCCAAUGCGAGGGGAGUGAGGGUGUUGAGAAAGCCGUUGACUCAGCGGUACUAGUCUACAUGACGCCGCGUGAGAUGCGGGAUGAGUAA